GCCCUGGACUAUUGCAUGACUUGUCCAUUUCUCCUUUUCAGCAGACUAUUUCCAGUCCAAAGGUACAUAAAUCAGGCUGUGACUUGGAAAUGGAGGCUUGUACUGUCGUUAUAUUGUGUACAGAGUCCCUUUUGCCUUUUUUUGACUAAAAAAUUACUGUGAAUGUGCGGGUUUAUUAGAACGCACUGUAUUGAACGUGAAGGACAUUAGCUGGCAUUCUAUAACACACAAAAAACAGUUUGGCCUAAGUAAUCUCUUGGUAUAUUUACAAACCUAAUGAACAAGGUCCCACAGUUUUUAAAAAACAAUUCUUUCUUUUUUAUGCAAGGUCAUGACUGCAAGAUUUACUGCAUCCCUGUCUUCCGGGAAAUUAAAAUGAGAUUUUAUAAUAUGGCAAUUUCUGUGAUUGGUUUAGCAACAUUUGUAAUAAUCAGUGAAACGUAGAUGGUAAAAAGGCAGCAGCGAUUCCACUGCCUUGUAUUAGCCUAAACAAAUGCAUUUCCUUGUCUUGUAUGCUCACUUGAGUUUGUCUUUUCCCAUUUUUCCCCAAGAACAAGGCAAUCCCGCAGAUGCAUGGCAUUAGUUUCAGGAGGCCUUAUCUGAGGGCGUAGGACAUGACGCUGAGCCUCAAAUCAUAUUAUGAAAACAUAAGGACUGAUGGAGCCAGUAAAAACUAGCUGUCACCUCAGAAGCAGUUUGAAUCUCUAAAUAGAUCUGAGGCCAGGAAAGAUGGAGGUUUCAAGCAAAACUGGAGCUUUGACAGUGAAGAGAAGAAGACUGACUCUUCCGUGGAGACCAUGAGUGAGGGAGGUGAGCAGAGGGACCCUACGCCAGAGGGGAAGAAGUCUCCUCCCCUGAAACCAUUUUGCACAAGUGACAGUCUAAAAACGUAUGAGCGGAGGCCAAAUCAAUUAAGGAUGUAUAAAGGAAGCGGUGGAGGCCUGAACAAGCUGGGAGUUGGCAAGACGAUAAGUGAAACCCCACCGACUGUGACGUCGCCGGUUCUCCCCAGCAGAACCAACUAUUUCAUCCUCAGCCCUGCGCCCUCACAGGGGGUGGUUGUUCAAGGCCGGUUCUUCCAGCACGCCAACGCUCCCGCUGUCAUCAGAAAGGCCGCCCAGAGCAACCUUGACUUGAAGGAAAGGAAGGACUACACUACCCAGCAGAUCCAAAGAGUAGAAUUAGACAGCAUCAUUCUCACCUGUCCAGAAAUCCCAGCCGCCAGCAACCUGGUUCUCGGAGGCAACAUCAAACGGCGAAUCCAGAGCAAACGGACCACGUCGCUGGAAGCCAAGAAAGUGGAGGCCCUGGCCCCCGAGGACUACUUCACCGUGUGCGGGAAGUGCGGCAAGCAGAGCGAGAACCACGUCAAGUGCCAGAACUGCGGGAACGCCCUGGUCCAGGACCCCCCCGGCCCGGCGGAGGCGGCGUCCCCGCUGGCCCGGCCCGCCGUCCGGCCCCACGCCUCCUCGGGGCCCCACAGCCUGCUCGCCAAGAGCAUCUACGGUCCGUCGCCGGCGCGGUCGCCGCGGGCCGACGCGGCCAUGAACCCGCCGGUGCGCAUCACGCGGACCGCCGUCCCGCUGCCCCACAACAGCAGGGCCGCCGGCUCGGGCCCCUUCGGGGCCAAGGGCCCCAAGGGCAACAGGAGGCAGCCGGCCGCCAAGCAGAACGAGCCCGAGGACCCCAUCGUGCUGUCCAGCGACGACGACGAGGAGGAGGAGGAGGACGCGGACAACGGCAGCACGGGCAGCGCCAGCCGGAUGGACAGCAUCUCGCCACGGCCCGCCGACUCCGCCCACUCCUCGCCGGCGCCCUCCGGGGGCAGGGUGGAGGCGGCGGUGAAGGGCGCGUCGGAGCUGGAGGAGAUGACGGACAUCAUGGACGCCGUCUCGAAGAUUUCGGCUCCGCGGAAGCACCGCAUGAAAGACCAAUUUGGAAACAUGGUACCAGAUGGCGCCAACCACAGCCCCACCCUCACCAAACGGCGGAAAGUGAGCUUGUCGUACAAGCUGGACAGCAUAAUCCUGGAGUGCAGGAGCGUGAGGGUUGGGACGCUACGCAGGAUGGUCACCAAGCCCGUCAUCUUCACAGUAGAAUACAUUCAGAUUGAAACUGAAGCCCCCAAGCCGGACGCCCUGGACAGGCUGAAGCUGAGGGCCUCGGAGCUGACCAGCUGCGAGUGGUGCAGCACGCGCAAGCUGCCCUCCAUCUUCCUCCAGACCACGCCCGCCGAGUGCCAGCGCCUCCGCUCCCAGCUCAAGAUGUCCCGGGACGGCCGGGGGCUGUGGUACGACAGCAGCAGCGAAAAUGCUGACGAGAAGUACAUCGUCCUGAUCUUCGAGAACGGGCUGUCCAUGCACGAGCAGGUGAUCCUGGAGGACAUCCUCCAGGAGAUCAGCAAGGCGAACAACCUGAGCGACUUUCCGGCCAAGCUGACAUUCGAAGAAGCCAACGUCAGGCUAGUGCAGUACAACCGAUCCAAAGGAAAGCCCUCGGAGUCGGCCAUGCAGACACGGAUGUCCACCCGCCUCCGCGACUUCUUCGACGAGGAAGACGAGGACGAGGACGACGCGGCCGAGCUUCACCCCACCUUUACCGGACCAGUUGUGAAGUUAAUAGUUUAUCCUCCUCCACCAGCCAAAGGAGGCAUAUCCGUCACCAAUGAAGACCUCCACUGCCUCAACAACGGGGAAUUUUUAAAUGAUGUCAUCAUAGACUUUUACUUGAAGUAUUUGUUCAUGGAGAAGUUAAAAAAAGAGGACGCGCACAGGAGUCACAUGUUCAGUUCCUUCUUUUACAAGAGGCUCAACCAGAGAGAGAGGAGGAGCGUGCCGGACGCCGCCAAUCUACCGAUACAGAAGAGGAAGCACAACCGAGUGAAGACCUGGACCCGCCACGUGGACCUCUUCCAGAAGGACUUCAUCUUCGUUCCCAUCAACGAGUCGGCUCAUUGGUACUUGGCUGUGAUCUGCUUCCCGGGUCUGGAGGGGCCCCAGUACGAGCCCAACCCGCUGUACCAGGCCCCGGGGACGGCCCCGGCGGCUGGCCCCGCGGGGGAGGAGCCGGCGGCCCAGGGGGCGGAGCAACAGCAGCAGCCCCCGGGCAGCGAGGAGGCGGAGGGCCGCGCCGAGACCGCGCCCGGCGGGGACGCCUCCUCCGAGAGCGACUCCAACAGCGACCAGGCCAGGGGCGGAGCCUCGUCCUCCGACGGGGCCCCGGAGGGAAAGGCCGCGCCCGGCGACGGGCAGGACGGCCCCGGCGACGCCCAGCCGCAGUUCACAGAUGGCCUGCACCGGAUCAGCGUGUGCUACGGAUCGAAGGACAGCGCUGAGGACGCGUGCACGUUUUCGGAUGACCAAAGUUCCAGUCAGGACGAGUGCAGUGAGGACGGAGCCAUGGCGGACGACCCGCUCAACUCCUCAGAGAGCACGGAGUGGACCUCCAGACCCACCAUCUGUAGACAGCCUUGUAUUCUUAUCAUGGAUUCAUUACGAGGCCCUACUAGAUCAACGGUGGUGAAAACUUUACGAGAGUACCUGGAGGUGGAGUGGGAGGUGAGGAAGGGGACCCAGAGGAGUUUCGGGAAGGAGGUGAUGAGGGGCUCCAGCCCCCGCGUGCCCCAGCAGGACAACUUCAGCGACUGCGGCGUCUACAUCCUGCAGUACGUGGAGAGCUUCUUUGAGAACCCGCUCCCAAGUUUCCAUCUCCCCAUGAACUUAACAGACUGGUUUCCGCAGCAACGGAUGAAGAAGAAACGCGAGGAGAUUAAGGAUCUCAUUCUGGGGAUCCAGAGCCAGCAGCAAAUGGACAAGAAGGGUCCGACCCAGGGUCAAGGGUCAGCCCCGCCCGGCGACCCCGACGAGGGGUCCGCCCCCGGGCCGGACCCGCAGGAACCAGCCGCGAGCUCCUGAGACCCGGCUGGCGGGAUCGUGAUCCCGAUACGAGAUCCUCCGGCCCGGUUCGGCCCUGUCCGGCCCAGUUCGGCCUGGCUAGGCCCAGAUCAGCCCCGGCCUUCGCCUCUGCGGGACGGCGCGUGAUCGUACGCUGCUGGAAGAAUUCCUCCCAUUAUUUCCUUUCACUGUUCUAGUCCCUUCCGUUAUCAAGCAGAGAACAUUUUAAAUAAAAUAUGUACAUAUGUUGGA